UGAAAGUCCCAACCGGAUAUUACGCGCUCCAUUACCGCUAACUGAAAGUUGUGUCAGUCUACCCACGGUGCCGAUGCGGAGCAGUUAAACGGCGUAAAGAUUUCUAAAUUGGAGCCAACUAUUCUCCUGCCUUACUAAAACUACUUUGAAGGACCACAGACCUCUUCUAGGGCCCGUUUCUUUGUGUGACUGUGGGCAGCAGAAAUGUCUGGCUCCUGCGAGGACUCCAUGAUCGACGUCUCCAGUGACAGUUUCUGGGAGGUCGGUAACUACAAACGAACAGUAAAACGGGUCGACGAUGGUCACCGGCUUUGUAACGACCUCAUGACCUGUCUUCAUGAGCGCGCACGCAUCGAAAAGACAUACGCACAGCAGCUCACAGAAUGGGGAAAACGUUGGCGGCAGCUGAUAGAGAAAGGCCCUCAGUACGGCUCAUUGGAGCGAGCGUGGGCCGCCUUGUGCACGGAGGCAGAGAAGGUCAGCGAGCUCCACAUGGAGGUGAAGGCUCAGUUGAUGGGCGAAGACUACGAGAAGCUGAAGAACUGGCAGAAAGACUCCUACCACAAACAGAUGAUCGGGGGCUUUAAGGAGACCAAAGAGGCUGACGAUGGAUUCCGCAAAGCUCAGAAACCUUGGGCUAAGAAGCUAAAAGAGGUAGACACGAUGAAGAAAGCGUAUCACGCUGCCUGUAAAGAGGAGAAGUUGGCGACCAGCAGGGAGUCCAACAGUAAGCUGGAGAGCAACAACAACCCCGAGACGCUGAAGAAACUCCAGGAAAAGGUGGAGAAGUGUCAGCAGGAGGUGCAGAAGACUAAAGAACGUUAUGAGAAGUCUCUAGAAGAGCUGGACAAGUUGACACCUCAGUACAUGGAGAACAUGGAGCAGGUGUUUGAGCAGCUGCAGCAGUUUGAAGAUAAAAGAAUUUGUUUCUUCAAAGAGCUGCUUCUGGAGGUGAAGCAGCACCUGGACCUCUCGACCAAUCACAGGUUUCAGACCGUCUACCAAACGUUGGAAGACACUCUCACUGCUACCGACGCCGAGGAGGACCUGAAAUGGUUCCGGUUCAAUCACGGCCCCGGCAUGCCCAUGAACUGGCCUCAGUUUGAGGACUGGUCCAUAGACAUUAACAGAACCCUCAGCAGGCGGGAAAAGAAGAAGCCUGAAGGCGUCACACUGACGGGCAUCAAUCAAACCGGAGCAGACCAGCCUGUUCAGCCCACCAAGACUAGCAACAGCCUGACUGUACCCACUAACGCAGCACCAGCGGGCUCGAACCCAUUCGAAGAAGACGAAGACGAGGAGGAGGAGGAGGCGGCGCAGGAGCACAAGGCCCCAGUCGUCAGCAUCAGGGUCAAUAAAGAGGAAAUAAAAACUGCGAGCAGUACAGAAAAGACCCCCGACUGGUCCGAUGAAGACACCGUCGGAAACCCCUUUGCCACCAACGGCGACGGAAAUCCGUUUGAGGAAGAGCCGGCCUCUCCGCUCAUAUCGGUGCCUGUCAAAGCCCUGUACGACUACGAAGGGCAGGAGCAGGACGAGCUGAGCUUCAAAUCUGGCGACGAAUUUACCAAAAUCGGUGUAGAGGACGAUCAGGGUUGGUGCAAAGGUCGCCUUAAGGACGGACACGUCGGCCUCUAUCCGGCUAAUUAUGUGGAAGAAAUCUAGCGAGAGUGAAGGAAUGAGUAGUUUAGUUUAAUCCUCUCUGAUUGGGAGGACAGUUUGUUUUUUUUGUUUUUUUUUUUUAAGGUUUUGUUGUCAUACAGACUGGCCUUCUUACAUAAAACAAAAGAUAUAAAUCUCUAUUCCACAACAGUUGCUGUCAGUAUAUUAAAAAAAAUGUUACUUAAAAUCCUAUUUUUGCUGUUACAGAAAAGCAUGUGUCGUGUGAAUUUAUGUAUUGAUAAAAAGACACUGGGAUGAAUGUCAUGAAAUAUUCUGUGUAGCCUUAAUAUGCAAGCUUGUUUUAAAUGUAUUGAGGCAGACGAACCGUUUGAUGUUUCAUUUUGCCAAAAUCUUCCAUACAUUUGUUAUUUUUUUUAACAUGAAUCAUUUCUUUUCAGGGUUCAUAAUUUUGCCGAUGAAUGAUAAAGAUCAUUAAGGCCUUCCUCAAGUCGAUGAAUGUAUAUUAACAGAUUUCUCUGUUUUUUUUCUUGUACUUCUAUGAGCUAUUUUAACCACUGAUGUAAUUUUGCCCUUAAACGAUUUAUUACAAACUGUAGUUUUUUUUUUUGUUUUUUUUUUUCUUCAUGCAACACUGAUUUUUUUUUUUUCACUUGAAUCCUCAUAAUUUAGUUCUCCCACAUUUGAGAAAUUAUUUUAAAGUUCUGAGUUUUAGAUAUAAAAGCAUGCGUGUAAAUAGGCAAGAAAACAAAUAAUUUUUGAGCAUUGCAUUCAAAUGAAAUGCAAAUUAGUGAUUAUUUAUGAAAAAAGUGCUUUAUUCUAAAAUAAUGUAUUAGAAAAUUACUCUGUACAUUAAUUAAUCAUUUUAUGGUAAAUAUUCCUUAAAUGUGUUAUAUUGUAAAUAAGAUGAUUUUUUUUCUUCCUCUCUACAGUUUGAGUUAAAUUAAAUUCUGUUAAUGAAAAAAAUGAACAAAAUUGUUUAUCCCCUAAAUUGCUUCUGUAGGAAGAACUGGAGUUUUUUUUUUUUUUUUGCAAACUUCAAAUUCUCAUACAGGCCAUGAAUUCUAUUUCUCUUUACAUUCAGAGAUCUGACGUUUUUUUCCAUGUUUUCUGGGUUUGCUGCUGUUAAAUAGACGGUAGCAGCUAUACUUGCACAAUAAAUGUACGUGUUUCACUGCAUAAUAAAUGAAUUUAUUGGACAAAUGAGA